UGGUGCCUGUGGAGAACACAAACAACAGGACCCAGUUCAUCCUCCACGGACUGACACAAGACAGGACAGGAGCAAAACUCUGCUUCUUCUUUUUACUCUUCUACACCACUAUCACUUUUGGAAACCUGCUCAUCAUCAUGACUAUAAGGACAAGUGACCUGCUGAACUCUCCCAUGUACUUCUUCCGGAGCUCUUUGUCUUUUGUAGACAUCAGUUACUCCACUGUCUCAGCUCCCAAACUCAUCCAGGACCUUCUCGUGGAGGAGAGGACCAUAUCCUUUGCGGGCUGCAUGGCUCAGCUGUUGGGGACCCACUUCUUUGGGUGCCCUGAGAUCUUCCUCCUCAUGGUGAUGGCCCACGACCGCUGCGUCGCCCUCUGCAAACGGCUCCACUCCACCAGCAUCGUGAGCCCGCAUGGCUGCGGCUGCCUGCUGGCAGCCUCGGGGCGGGGCUUUGUGCACUCCCUGCUGCAGACCCUGCUGCGCCUCCAGCUGCCCUUUUGUGGGCCCAACAAUGGGCUGGACCACUGUUUCUGGCAUGGCCACCCUUGGCUGGCGCUGGCCUGCGCUGACACCUAAUGCUCUUCCCACAUCACAACCGUCACGCUCUUCUUUGGGCCGUGCAUUUUCGUCUACCUGCGCCCUUCCACCACCUGCCCGGCAGACAAGGUGCUGUCUGUCUUCUACACCAUCAUCAUCCCCAUGCUCAACCCCUUCAGCUACACCCUGAGAAACCAAGAGGUGAAAAACAGCAUGAAAAAGUUGUGGAGCAGGACAGUGAAGAGGAGUGAGAAAUGA